AUGCCUCAGCUCAUUGAUAGAUAUUUGACAAAAGAAGGAUUACAACUUCCUGACCUUAAUGACGACCGGGAGGAACUGCACCAUGAGAUUGAAGUACUAAGAAGGGAGACAUGUAAGCUUGAGCUCCGUAUGCGUCCAUACCAUGGACAUGACUUAGCCUAUAUUCCUCCACACGAGCUCGAUGGACUAGAGCAACAGCUCGAACAUUCUAUCCUUAAAGUCCGUGAGCGUAAGAGGCGGAUGCUAGAAGACGAUAACAACUAUAUGUACCGUUGGCUUCAUGAUGAGCAUCGUACGGCGAUGGAGUUUAAGCAAGCUGGGAUAGAGACCAAACCAAUGGAGUAUCAACAGUUUCUAGAGCAGGUUCAGUACUAUAAUGAUCCUCAUCAGCAACAACCAAGCAGUUUUCUUCAGCUCACUACGCUUCCUUCGGAGAUUGAUCUUAAUUACCAUCUCCAGGUUGCUCAGCCUAAUCUUCAAAACGAUCCAACUGCGAAGAUUGAUUAAUCGUCAACCAGAACAACUCUUUCUUUCUAGAGAUGAAUGAACGAAGAAUUACCAUUUCCGUCUUUUAUUACCUAUUCUGAUUAGCCAAUGCCAUAUUGUUUGUCUGUUUUGUGUCUCCUUUAACGUACAAUUAGUUUGAGAAGUACGUACAGUGGAAUGGACUUUGAUUAUAUUAUUAAUCAUACUAUUUAUCAUUAUCACAUAUUUGCCAACUAUAUAUAUAUUAUAAACUGUUUACGUAAACGCAGAUGUGUUCCGUAUCAUGUUUCUCUGGAUUUAAGGUUAAUUAACAC